AUGGGCAGAGAAACAUCCAAAUUCUUGGGACAGCUCGGGAAGCAGCCAGGAAGCCAGCUAAUUGGUAAACGACAGGAGAGCACGUGCCCUGAGCUCAUCAGUGGCUACUCCCGAUUAGAGGUGCCAAGAGGGAUCUAUAAAGGGCACUGCUUCCGGAUCAAUCACUUCCCAGAGGACAACGACUAUGACCACGACAGCUCGGAGUAUCUCCUUCGCAUCGUGCGCGCCUCCAGCGUCUUCCCCAUCCUCAGCACCAUCCUGCUGCUGCUCGGCGGGCUCUGCAUCGGCGCCGGGAGGUUCUACAGCCGCAAGAACAACAUCGUCCUCAGUGCCGGCAUCCUCUUCGUGGCUGCAGGCCUCAGUAACAUCAUAGGCAUCAUCGUCUACAUUUCCAGCAACACGGGCGACCCAAGCGACAAGCGCGACGAAGACAAGAAAAACCAUUACAACUACGGCUGGUCUUUUUACUUUGGAGCCCUGUCCUUCAUUGUGGCCGAGACCGUGGGCGUCCUGGCCGUGAACAUUUACAUUGAGAAAAAUAAAGAGUUGCGAUUUAAGACCAAACGGGAGUUCCUCAAGGCCCCGUCCUCCUCGCCCUACGCCAGGAUGCCCAGCUACAGGUACCGGCGACGGCGCUCCCGGUCCAGCUCCAGGUCCACGGAGGCCUCGCCCUCCAGGGACACGUCGCCGGUGGGCCUGAAGAUCGCGGGGGCCAUCCCCAUGGGCGAGCUGUCCAUGUACACGCUGUCCCGGGAGCCCCUCAAGGUGACCACGGCUGCCACCUACAGCCCGGGCCAGGAGGCCAGCUUCCUGCAGGUGCACGACUUCUUCCAGCAGGACCUGAAGGAAGGCUUGCAUGUGAGCAUGCUGAACCGGCGGACCACCCCCGUGUGAGCGCCCCUUCCUCCCGCCGGCCUCGCCCCGGAGCGGCUGCUUGGAUCCCCCAUGAGGGCUUCCGGCCCUUAAGACGGACCCGCGUGGACUGAAGCCAAACCCAACCCUCCCUGGUCUCCAGAUGCGUCACGGGCUGGCUUGGAGCAGAGCUGGGAGGCUGGAGUCAGGAGCAGAGGGAUGACUUUACCCCCCACGAGGGUGUGUUGAUGCCCCGGAACCUCCCAGGAGCCCCAGACGCCAUCCUGAGGCUGCCCAGCCUUCACCAACCUGAGAAAACAAAAUUGAGCCAUUUUCCCCUCUUGGAAACAAAGAUUUCCAGAAGAACGCACUUUCGGGGCCUUCCCUCCCUGCCUUGGGCGCAGGGCCACCGAGCGUCCGCUGGCCGGGCACAUGGGGGCCUUAGGACACUGGUCAGCUGCUUUUUAACCCGAGGUUCCUGUGCCUGGGAGCCAGACAUGUGGAAGCUU